AAAGGAGAUGCUCUUUCUGCAGAAAAGCCCAUCUGAAGGGAUUUGCUUUGAGCGUCUGCGCUUGAUGUGGUGAUGGCAUGUCCAGCGUGAGAAUGAGGCACGAAGGAGGGCCCUUCCCUUCUUCUCUCAGCAUAUCCUCCAAAGUAAAAAAGAAAGAAAUGGAAUUAUCUGGUAACAAUGUAAGACCACAACUCAGGCAGCCAAGAAAGACAACGCUGGGGCUCCAGGAAGUGUGAUAGGAUCAGGUGGAGAAAGGCUUGGGGUGGAGCAUCUUUGGGGAAGACUUCCAGUUAAAUCCAAUAUCCUCACCUGGAGGCACCCUGGCCACAGGCUGGAGUCAUUGUUUAACUAAGGUGGAGCACACCUGCUCUGCCCAUAUAAGGAAGAGUCUGAGGGGAAGAAGCAGGCAACAGUAGCGCUGCCCAGACGGAUCGCCAGCCCUUUCUCCAAAGUGACUGCCACUGUCUUGGCCACCAGUCCCCCGCGCCCUUCUUCAUCCUGCAAAUCUGCUGCUGCUGAGCUGUGGGGCCCACCCUGCAGGAAUCCUGCUGACUAAGCUCCGUCAUCUGGGAAACAGGGGAAGACCUUUUACCUUUUCUAAGGAGAUUCAUGGCACGCAACCAGGAGCCUCUAACCCAAACCUCUGUCAUCAAGCUCAAGGAACAGGACUUUUACUCCUUGCGGGAUCAUUGCCUAAAAAGAGGCGUGCUAUUUGAGGAUGAGACGUUUCCUGCUGACACUUAUUCCAUAGGUCUACAGCUGCUCAAGGGCAAGAACCUCUCCAGCCUAAGCUGGAUACGCCCCAAGGAUUUAUUGAAGGGUAAAUCAGAGCCUCACUUCAUCCUGGAAGGUGCAAGCAGAUUCGACAUCCAACAAGGAGAUGCAGGUGAUUGCUGGUUCCUGGCAGCACUGGGCUCCUUGACACAGAACCCACAGCAUCUGCAGAAGAUCUUGACAGAUCAAAGCUUUUCCUAUCACUAUGCGGGGAUUUUCCUUUUCCGGUUCUGGCAGUGUGGCCAGUGGGUGGAAGUGGUGAUCGACGACCGCCUACCUGUCCUGAACAAGGAGUUCCUCUUUGUGCAUCCUCGCAACAAACGGGAGUUUUGGCCGUGCCUGCUGGAGAAAGCUUACGCCAAGUUUCAUGGGUCCUAUGCCAACCUGCACUAUGGCUACCUCUCUGACGCCCUGAUGGACCUCUCGGGAGGGGUGGUCACCAACAUCCGCCUGCACUCCUCCUCGUCUGACCUGAUGAUGAUGGUGAAGACAGCGGCCGAGGCAGGCUCUCUCAUAACCUGCGGCACCCUGGCCGGGCCGACCAGUGAGUCCACGAUGAUGGUGAAUGGGCUGGUGAGUCGGCAUGCCUACACGGUGACUGGCGCCGAGAAGAUUCAGUACAGGAAGAGCUGGGAAUAUCUUAUCCGCCUGUGGAACCCCUGGGGAAGGAUGGAAUGGAGAGGACCCUGGAGUGAUGGGGGGUAUCCUUGGCCCUUUCCAGUCUUCCCUCCCAAUCGGCACCCCGAGCUUCCCAAUGCGGAUUCCCGGGGGGGUGAUCCGCUUGGCCAGAACCCCCAGUUCGGGGCUGGCUGUUGCACUAGGCGUGAGGGAAGGGCAAAUGUCAGUGACGCAUUCCCCAUGAGUAGAAAAGGCAAGAACAUCAGGUCUCCAGAGUGGCAGGAAACCCACGACCCACGGAAAAGCCAACUGUAUGAGAAUAAGGACAAUGGCGAGUUUUGGAUGUCAUGUCGAGAUUUCCAAGAGAACUUCUCCUGCCUAUUUGUAUGUAACCAAGUUCCAAUCAGCCUGGACCAUGGAAACACGCCCCAUGAAAAAUGGUCCCAAGUGACGCUUAAGAACCACAUAAUCCCAGGAAAUACUGCAGAACCCCAGAGGCAGCACGUCUUCUCUGUGCCAGACAGCAUGGAAACCAACAAUGUCAUCGUGUCCUUCAAUAUCAAGCCACAAAAUGUAAAGGCCAAAGGCAGGACGUUUCCACUAAAGUUCGAGGUGUUCAAGGUUGACUCUCAGUUCCAGCUCUUCGGAGAGAGGUUGCCGUCCACCUUUUUUUCCACGUUCAGAAUUGCCGAGAAGGGCAUCGUUUCUGAAACCACACGCAACCUUACCGAGUGCUUCAGCCUGAGCCCUGGGACCUACGUGGUGGUCGUCUCCCCAGACAGAGAAGCAGUUGAGUUCCUGCUCCGCAUCUUCCUGAAGAUGCCGGACAGUGACAGGAACCAGGACAGCAAUCUCAACCUCAGACCGCUGAAGAUCCAGGCAAGUCUUCCAGAAAAUGACACCCCACAGAGCAUGUUCUACAGAUACGCUCAGCAGGGACGGUUCUUGGACGCUACCCAGCUUCAGAGUCUCCUCAACCAGGAAUUCCUGAAAGGAUCUCCAGGGGACACAUUCUCUUUGGAUGAGUGCCGGGGCAUCGUGGCUCUGAUGGAUCUGGAGGUGAACGGGCGGCUUAACGAACAGGAGUUUUCAAGGCUGUGGCGCCGUCUUGUCCAUUGCCAGAGUGUUUUCUGGAACGCCCAGAAGAACUCCGGAGUUUUCCUGAGCUCAGAUUUGCAGAAGGCCAUACAGGACACAGACUUCCUUGCAGGGGUCUCUGUCACCAGCGAGCUUCUGGAUCUCAUGAGCCUCCGUUACAGCGACAGCACUGGCAGGGUCAGCUUCCCCAGCCUGGUCUGCUUCCUGAUACGGCUCGAAGCCAUGGCCAAAGCUUUCCAGAAUCUCUCCCAGGAUGGAAAAGGACUCUACCUGACAAAAAUGGAGUGGAUGAACCUGGUGAUGUACAACUGAAGCAAGCAGUAGAACAGACCCCAGAGCCCAGGACAAGUCCCAAGAAUCUGGCUCCUGUUCCAGUGGGCUGUGCUGCUCCCAUGGGUGUGCUAUGUCAAAGCCUGCCCUGCCUGGAACAUAGUCAAAGCCACCUUUGAGGAACCUGGGCUGGGUCCUCGGCCGGGUCAAGCUCUGGUGAACCUGAGGUCACCAAACAAGUCAUCUGAACACUUUGGGACACCAGCCUGGAAUCCCUGGAGAAUGAAGCCAGAGAUGUUCCCUUGUGGGGAAUCAGGAGAGAGGCUGCAUCUCAGACCCCUCCCAUUAGGCCACCCCAUUUCUUGGAAAAGCCAGAAGGAACCAGCCUGCCCACCCACAGGGCGCUGUGCGUGACACAGGAGCAGUCCGUCUGGCAUUUGCAGAAUUAAUCAUACCCUCCACUGUCUGAAUCCCAACUGUUUCACAGCCAAAUGGCAAAAUAAAACAUGGUUCUCAGAAAGGUCUUCCACUCUGUGACAAAUAGGAUCUUAGUUCAGGAUGAAAAAUACCUUUGGGGGAGGGGAAAUCCAGCCAACAGGGCAGGCACUUCCCUCUCUCCUGACCCAGAAAGUGGUCAUCAGAGGUUCCCCAAAGGACCAUGACCCCCUAGAGUUCAGAAGAGGUUCCAGGGAGUGAGCAGGCCAGACCCCACUCAAGGGAACUUGAGUACUCAUUCCUGGAAGUGUCACUCCAGUGGGGAAUCCUUGCAAAGUGUGUGUGUGUGUGUGUGUGUGUGUGUGUGUGCGCGCGCAUGUGUGUGCAUGCGUGUGCAUGUGCGCGUGUGCGUGUGUGUGUGUGUAGAGAAUGAGAAGGGAGGAACCAUCAGAAGGCGGAUGGUGUGGGCAGGUAGGGGGCAGAUAAAUGAGGCGUGGCAGGGAGCAAUACAGACAAACAAGAGGGGAGAGACAGGCCAAGACAGAAACCAGGAGAUGAAAACAGAAGGAGGAAGGGAGUUUCC